GAAAAUGGUCACAAUGGAAAGAAUAGAAAGUGGCGCAUAUCCCAAAGCAGCAAGCUUGGAAGAGGUGGCUAAAUUGCUGCAGGCUUCAGGGAUGGCACUUAGCGCUUGCUGCAUGAUGCUGAAGUAAAAUCCAUCCUAGGCAGAGAUUUCUUUGCAAGGAAGCUAGAAGCAUAGAGAAAUUGACUUUUGUCCCUGCUGACAUGUCUCCUGGUACUCGAGUGACAGAUUCCAUUAACUUUAUUAAUGAAUUCAUUGGCUUCGAGGAUUGGGGUAGACGAAACUGGAGGAAAGUGGUUUUCCAGGAUGACUUGCGUCUUGCUUAUUCGACAUCAAGCGUGAAAAUCGCACUGAGAACUCAAAACUCUGUGCUCAUCAUAAAGCAUGCCAAUCAAGAAAAAAAGGCAUGGAUGGGAAGAAAUGCAGCGUAUGGAUGUUCUUACCUCUUGUGUUGACACUGUUUACCUCAGCAGGACUGUGGAUUGUGUAUUUUAUAGCAGUAGAAGACAACAACAUUAUUCCGCUAAAUGUGCUGGACAGGAAGGAAGGUCCCCAAAAGCCUCCUUAUAUAAGGGUGACCAGAUCCAAAGGAGUGCAGGGCACCUAUGUGUAGAAGAAGGGAGUUUGGCAGCGCUUGUCGUGGCUGUCCUUCGGUUUAUUCAGCUAAAACCAAAAGUUUUGAAUCCCUGGCUCAAUGUGAGCGGCCUGGUGGCGUUGUGCUUGGCCUCCUUCGGAAUGACUUUGCUGGGCAAUUUCCAGCUUUCGAACGAUGAAGAAAUCCAUAAUGUGGGCACAUCCCUGACCUUUGGUUUCGGCACCCUCGCCUGCUGGAUUCAGUCUGCCCUAACGCUCAAAAUAAACUUGAAGAAUGAAGGAAGGAAAGCUGGGAUCCCUCGAGUCGUCUUGUCGGCAGCGAUAACCCUCUGCGUCGUCCUUUAUUUCAUCUUGAUGUCCCAGAAGUUCCACAUGCACGCUGCGCGGAUACAGUGGGGAAUGGUGAUGUGCUUCCUGUGCUACUUCGGCUCCUUUGCUGUGGAGUUCAGACACUACCGCUUCGAGAUCAUCUGCUCCGAGUACCAGGAGAACUUCCUCAGCUUUUCCGAAAGCCUCUCUGAAGCGUCCGAAUACCAAACAGAUCAGGUGUAACCCAGGCCACUCUCUCUUUCCUUUUGUCGUGGCGUUAGCUUCCUGUAGACACAUGGUUGAACCCCUGGUCCUAAUCCUCCCCCUUUUCUUUUUUUAAUACUUGUUUAUUUUCCACGCCUACAAGUUGCCAAAAAGUAUUCCCCCCAAAAAACCCCCACAGAACUAGGUAUUUUAAGAGACACGGAACUGCCACCACCCUCUGUGCCUCUUUCCCCACUUCCUCAUGAUGUAUUUUGCAACGCAAUGUGCGAUGCAACGUAAUACCAGCAUCUCCCAAGGCACCUCUCUUCGUUGGCCGGCAGAAGUGGGUGAAGACGCAGUCACAGCCUAUUCUGUGUCAUGUUGUGGGUUUUGCAAGGAAGAGGCAGCAAAGGGAUGUGGGGGCCGCUUUAGGAGGUCUAGUCCCACCCUCAGGGUACCUAGGAAAGGUGUGAGGCAGGAGUCUUCUAAAUUCCUUGGUGCGGCUGCAAUACAGUUCAGAACAAGAUUGGCGCCUUUGCUGCUAUGGGCCUGGCUGUGCAUCAGCUUCCCGUACUCCGCCCCCCCUAAAUGCAAAUUUUGAACUGCAGGAAGGGCUCCCAGAAAAGGUAGCUACCUCCCCUCACUCUCAUCCCUAGUGCGCCAGGGAAUUUGCUCCCAGUCUGUGCCAGUCCCUGCGAUCUAGGGAGUUCCUUCAUUUCUAGAUUUGUUGCUCGGUUGGGAAACAUGGAAGCUGCAGCUUCUAGUGCAGGCAUCCCCAACCUGCAGCCCUCCAGAUGUUUUGGCCUACGACUCCCAUGAUCCCUAGGUAACAGGACCACUGGUCAGGAAUGGUGGGAAUU